AUGAUUCUAUCCCGGACCGCUACGCUCCUGGUAGCGUUGCCACUUCUUGUCCACGCGGCCAACAUCGACUACAAGAAGGCUUGGACAGCUGCUGGCGACAGACUCCCAGACUUCUCUUAUGCUGGAUACCACCAGUCUGAAAUUGCUCUCCCGGCCCUCUCCAGGCCAGCAACCAAGACUCUCACUCCCAGCAGUGGUGAUCAAUCCUCCGUAAUUCAAACUGCACUUGACAGUGUAGCCAAGUCUGGUGGAGGUGUAGUCGAGCUCAAAGCCGGUACCUACACUGUCUCUCACGGGCUGCUGAUCGACAACCAGACAACAUUGCGCGGAGUUGGCCCCGGCAAGACAAUCUUGGAGUUGAAAGAUCUGAUCGAGGAUGCCAUCAUCAUGGGUAACUCCUCUGGCAAGCCGAAAAUGGGAAAGCCCAUCCCUAUCACAGAUGACUACGUCCCAGCCGGAACCCAGACUGUACAUGUCGCGGAUGCUGGCGGACUCACGGUGGGCAUGCAUGUCAUGCCUUGUGAAAUGGGCGUCGAAAAUCUCAGUAUUCGCCUUAGUCCGUCUUGCUCCGGUACCCGCCUCGGAGCAGGAAAAUGUGACCGCUAUGGAGUCGUCAUUUCCUCUUGGACUACUGAUUCCUGGCUCCGCAACCUCGAUCUCACUGGUUUCAACGGCUUCAUCAACACGCAAAAGUCCUCUUCUCGGCUCACCAUCACGAAUGUUGUGAUGAACCGCGAUGGUCUUACGGAUAAUGGCGCGGGCUACGCUCUGGAUAUCUCCAUUGAAGGGACUCAAGUCCUUGUUCAUAACUGUAAGACAGCGGGUGGGGAAGGUACCAAGAGCUACGGUAUUGCUACAAAGACCCUGACAGCGGGACCAAACGCAUGUAUUGGGUACGAAGCACAGCAGCCCGUUGUAAGCAUGGAGCCACACCAGAGGUGGGCGCACGGCUUUUUGCUUGAAGGCAGUACAAACGCAGCGGUCGUGUUGAGAGAUCGUGCUGGCGCAGGUACUGGGCAGGGCUUGUCGAUAAACAACGGUAAUGAGCACGCUCUGUAG